AGUAGGACAGCCAUGUUUUGUGUGUAGCACAGAGGGAGGUUGUGGUAGGUUUUAGAUGCUUCCUCAAAAACAGCUUUGGAAAUGCUUGCUUGAAUUUUGUUUUCAGAGCAGCUUUUGACAACAGACAUCUGCCGACCUUUGGGCUCAGCAAGGCUCGAGCACAAUAGCUCGUGCGCUUUCUUCCUUCUUGACUGAGGGGAAAAAACACCACGGCUUGUUUUGGAGUCUUGUCACUGCUCUGUAGCGGCAGGAUAAUGGCCACUUCCUGAUUAAACUGCUCUCCACAAUAUGGAGUCUGGAGAGCGGUUAACGUCAUCAUCAGUCUCCUCAAGUGCAGCUGCUUCAUCUCCAGUGUCUUCUACACCUUCUGUAGCUUCUGCGGUUUCCAAGAGUGGCCUUACCACUGGAGCUGCGUCGUUGAGUUCCACAAUCAACACGGGUGAAUGGUGGCGAACAGUGGACUCUCACUCUCGCUCUGGGGCAGCUUUCUUCCCACCACUCUUGGGCAUCUCACCGCUCUUUGCACCUCCUCCCCAGAACCAUGAUUCUACUCCAUUCCACACAAGAACUACAGGAAAAAAUAAUCGUGGCAGUUUAGAAAAAGGUAUAAAUGGAUCACUGAAUGGGAACAGUACCACUGCAGCAUCUGCUAUCAGCACAUCUGUACUAUCCACUAGUAUUGCAACAUCUGCAGGACAAGUGAAAGCUAUAACCUCAGGAGCAGGAGGCCGCAAGUACAACCAGGAGCAAAGCAAAGUUCAGCUUUUGGACGCCAGAGCUGACAAAAUCAAAGAUAAGAAACCUAGAAAAAAAACAGUAGAAAGCUCCAGUAACAGUGACAGUGAGUCAGGCUCCUCAUCAGACACAUCAAGUGAAGGCAUAAGCAGCAGUGAUUCUGAUGACCUAGAGGAGGAUGAAGAGGAGGAGGAGGACCAGAGUGUUGAAGAGAGUGAAGAUGAUGAAUCUGAUUCUGAAAAUGAAGCACAUCACGAAAACAAGAACAAGGUGCUAAUGCAUAGUGGUGUAAAAGAUAUGAAAACUGAUGGGCAAAAAGCCCACGAAAAGUCCCAAGAAAAAAGAACACACCAGCAGAUACCUCUUGUGUCUGAUUCCCAGACUCAUUCAUCAUUCCAGUCCCAGCAGAAGCAGCCUCAGGUUUUGUCACAGCAACUUCCGUUUAUUUUCCAAAGCUCUCAGGCGAAGGAGGAAUCUGUGAACAAACACACAAGUGUAAUACAGUCUACAGGAUUGGUUCCCAAUGUGAAACCUUUGUCGUUGAUACAUCAAGCCAAAAAGGAAGCCUAUUUAAAAAUCUUAGUUCCUCCUCCUGACUUACUCAAAGCAGGGAAUAAGAAUACCUCUGAAGAAUCCAUCCCUUUGAUCAGCGACGUACGAUCAAAACGAGAACAAUAUAAACAGACAUUCCCAGCAGCACAGCUAAAGAAACAGGAAUCAUCUAAGAGCCUGAAGAAGGUUAUUGCAUCUUUGUCAAGCUCAAAACCAACGUCCAGUUCACCAGCUCAUCAAAAACUCACAUCUUUGGAAAACAACCAUUCUAAUCCAUUCCUGACAAAUGCACUUUUAGGUAAUCACCAACCCAAUGGAGUUAUUCAGAGCGUCAUCCAGGAGGUUCCUCUUGCACUUACUACAAAACAGAAAUCCCAAACCAAGAUCAAUGAAAGUGUAGCCAUUGCUAGCAGUACCCCCUUUUCUUUGCCAGUGAACUUGAGUGCAUGUGGGAAAAAAACAACUGGUAACCGGACACUUGUUGUGCCCUCUACCUCUCCUAUGUUACCUGGUUCAGGAAAGGAUAAACCAGUCAGCAAUAAUGCAGUAAAUGCAGUAAAAACCCAACACCGCCUUCCAUCUGCAAAACUGGUGGUGGAGCAGUUCAGAGGGGUAGACUCAGAUGCCCCCAGCAGUAAAGAAUCUGACGACUCAAAUGAUGAUGAUGACGACGAUGAAGAUGAAGAUGAGGAUGAUGAAGAUGAUGAUUCUGAUGAUAGCCAAUCAGAGUCUGAAAGUAAUUCUGAGUCGGAUACAGAUGGGUCUGAAGAUGAAGAUGAUGAGGAUGAUAAGGAUCAGGAUGAAUCAGAUACAGACACCGAGGGCGAAAAAACUCCACUGAAACUGAAGAAAACUGGUUCCUCCAUGAAGAGCUCUUCCAUUGGUCCUGCAGCUCAUUCAACUCCACUAAAUCUCCAAGUAGCAAAGACCCCAAGCUCUGCACCAUCUGCCUUAUGUCCUGAGACCCAGCCUGCAGUUUUUCUUGGGACAACACCAUCUACUCUUACACCAAGUUCACACUGUGGCAUUUCAAAGAGACGAAGAGUCACAGAUGAACGGGAGCUGCGUGUGCCUCUGGAAUAUGGCUGGCAAAGAGAAACCCGAAUAAGAAACUUUGGUGGUCGUCUUCAGGGAGAAGUAGCGUAUUUUGCACCUUGUGGAAAGAAGCUGAGACAGUAUCCUGAAGUAGUAAAGUAUCUCAGCAGAAAUGGAAUAAUGGAUAUCUCAAGGGACAAUUUCAGCUUCAGUGCAAAAAUAGGAGUGGGUGACUUCUAUGAAGCCAGAGAUGGACCGCAGGGCAUGCAGUGGUGUCUUCUGAAGGAGGAAGAAGUCAUUCCCUGCAUCAGAGCUAUGGAAGGGCGUAGAGGACGACCACCAAAUCCAGACAGACAGCAUUCUAGAGAGGAAUCAAGAAUGAGACGUCGCAAAGGCCGACCUCCAAACGUUGGAAGCACUGAAUUUCUAGACAGCACUGAUGCAAAGCUUUUAAGAAAGCUACAGGCGCAAGAAAUAGCUAGACAAGCAGCACAGAUAAAGCUACUGAGAAAACUCCAGAAGCAGGAACAAGCUCGAGCUGCCAAAGAAGCCAAAAAACAGCAAGCUAUUAUGGCAGCUGAGGAAAAGCGAAAGCAAAAAGAGCAGAUAAAGAUAAUGAAGCAGCAGGUAAAUUGAGAUUGCUAAUAACUUUUUAUUAUUUCAUAAUAUAGU